UGAUGGGGGGGGAGGGAUGUUGUCCUACUAUUUGUUGGUUCAGCUGGCUUCGUUCCACAUCAGCUGAAAAGCAACAGAAAUUCAACACAACUUUUUUAUGAUUGUAGGGGAUGUUGAAUGAUUGGCAAAAUUGUUGAAAGGAUGCAGUGGUCAAUUUGAAUCUCAUAGUGGCUUAAUGAAAGCCUUCGAGCUUCUUGAGGUGUUAACGAACACAGUGGAUGCUAACCCCUCCCCCUUUGCCCCCCAGCGCCCCCCAACAACAUCUCCGUGAUGGCGGAGAACACCCCAGCGCCCUUCAGCCGCUACCAGGCGCAGAACUUCACUCUGGUCUGCACAGCGAGAGGGGGGAAGCCAGCGCCGUCGGUGUACUUCAAGCGUGACGGCGAGCUGAUCGAGGUGAUCCCCUACAUCCACCCGUCGGCCGCCGAGGAGGGCGGGGCCGCGGGCUCGGCGGGGGUCCGGGGGGCCCGGCCCCUCAUCGGCAGGGACAUGGACGACACCAAGCUGCAGAGGUCCCUCUCCCUGCUGGACCCCGAGGGCCGCUCCGCCCGGCCCAACCGGGGGCCCGGCCAGGGGGGCCACGGCCAGGGGGGCCAGGGGGGCCACGGCCAGGGGCCGGCCCACGGGGGCCACGGCCAGGGGCCGGCCCACGGGCAGCAGCAGCCCCACGAGCCCAGCCCGGCCACGGAGGUGAUCCCGGAGACGGUGGUGAGCCGGGAGUUCCCGCGCUGGGUCCAGAGCACGGACCCCCUGUACUACUUCAGCCACACCCACCUCCCGCAGAGCGACGGCUCGGUGCUGGUGCAGGCGCGCCUCACCUGGACGCUCAACCCCCAGCUGGACAACGACGCGCUGUUCAGCUGCGAGGUCAAGCACCCCGCGCUCUCCAUGCCCAUGCAGACAGAGAUCACUCUGGCGGCCCCCAAGGGCCCUAAGCUGCUGAUGUCGCCCAGCAGGGCUAAGGUAGGGGACACGGUGCGCAUCACUGUGCAGGGAUUCCAGGUAGGAGCCUCUGGGAACGAGGUGUUCCCUGAGCCUCUCUACACCUGGACCCGGGUGGGCGGCCGGCUGCUGGACGGCAGUGCUGAGCGGGAGGGGAAGGAGCUGAUCCUGGAGCGCGUCCCGGCCGAGCUCAACGGCUCCAUGUACCGCUGCACCGCCCAGAACCCGCUGGGCUCCACCGACACGCACACCCGCCUCAUCGUCUUCGAAAAUCCGAGCAUGAUGGAACACACACAGAGCCAGAACAGCGGAGUGUCCUGCGUUGACCUGCUCGGCUUGGCCUGGAUGGCCCUGGUCGUCACAGUAACGGUGGAACUGACGUGAAGACGCCCACCCCCCCACCCCCCUCCCCGCUAUCGCGGUCACACUCCAACUCAAUCACCAGACACACACACACGCACACACACGGACACGCAUACACAUACACGCUCACAUAAACUGUUCCCAUCAGUUACGCAAACAUACUGUACGGUCACACUCACCCCUCUGAUCCCUGUACAAUCAGUGUAAACACACACACACACACACACACACACACACACACACACACACACAUGCACACUCACUCUUCCAGUUUAGCCCUUCCCCUUUCUCACAUACACACACUCACAGACGUGAACAAACACAUACUCACAGAAGCGAACCACUACCGCACGCGCACACACACACACACACACACACACGUACACACACACACACACACGUACACACAUAUACACACAAACACGGCCACACACACCCAUCCUCUGAAGCCUUCUCCCGGUCCCCUGCUGUCGCGCCAUGCGUCCGUCUGUCCGGAGACUGUCCCGCCACAAGGUGGCGCCUCGCUGUUUUUGUAACAAGAAAAAAUAAAAUUGAAUAACCGCGACACGAUCCGGAAACAGGACACGACGGCGAAGACGUUUUUUCGGAAACAAACCCCUUCUCUGUCGCCCCCGCCCCAACACCCCCAAGUGUCACAACUGCCCCCCCCCCCCCCCCCCCUCUCUGUCACGUUUAUCUCACCCUGUUUUUGCCUGUCCCGCGUCUGUCUGUCAGUUAAUAAAGAAAAAUCGGUUUAACAGAGAAAAAAGAAAAAAAAGAGCUCAGCUUUUUGUCGGGACGAGGCGGAGACGCAUCGAUCGGUGCGUCGGAAUGGAACUGUCUCCCACUACGAGAUCGCCAUAGCGACCGCCCGCUUUUGUCACAUGACCUGAGAUAUGCACCCCCCCCCCCCCCCGGAACCCCGGACCCCCGGGGAGCGAGGCCACACAAAUGCUGUGCUUUUACUUUCUCUAUAUUUUUAAUUAAUAUACAAAUAUUUUACGUUUUUUCUUUGGUUUCUUUCUUUUUUCUGAAGGCUCAGAAUGUACGUGAGGGUUUAAAUGUAACGUGUGUACGAAACCGAUGGGGGGGUGGGGGUGGGGGGAGGUAUUUUGAGUGUAUUUUGUGUACUUCAGUGUAAAUAUUGAGGAUGAUUUCAGAGGUUAUAUGGUUCACGGACCUUAGGGGGGGUUGGACUGGGAGGGGUUUGGAGUUUCACCGCCUUGUUUCUGCGCCAUCCAACCAACCCUUCACCCCCCCCCCCCCCCUCCCCCACCAACCCGGCCAGCCGUCACAUGACCCCGCCCCCUACCCCCCCCCGCCCAGACUCAGACGCUACGAGGGCUGGGACGCUGCGGCGUACGGGAGAACUACGACCACGGAGACCGCGACUACUACUGCAGGAGGUGGAGGUUGGGUUGGUGGUGCUAGAGGUGGAGGAGGUGGUGCUGGUGGUGGUGCUGGAGGAGGUGGUGGUGGUGGUGGUGCAUGUGGCGUUUGACUCCUUAUUUCCUCUCCGCUUGGGGGGUCCGUUGAGCCGGUUCAAACCACCUGAUCCGUCCUGUUCUGUGCGCUCCAUCGUGUUCAGAGCCCUUAUAUCUCCGACCCGGACAGCCACCGCCAGUAGGACUACGACCGCUGGGGGGGGGGGGUGGUCUCUUCCUGGAGCGGCGGGGGGGAGGAGGGAGGCGUGUCAAACA